UGGUAGCCAUCAACAGUUGUUUAUUGCCUGUGAGUAGCUUAGUGUAGGUUAGCAUAGAUUAGAUUUCUAUUGGUUUAGUGCAGUAAAAUGUUGUCUUUGUGGUCUCUAAACAACUAAAUGUCUCGUCUUGCUCCUUUAAAUGUUCCCUUCUUAUGGUCUUCUGAGUCUGACCCUCUGGAGUGACCUGUGUGCCCAUCUUUUUACAGUCCUCCACUCUACGGGCCGUUCUGCAGCUCCUGGCGGUCCAGAGUGAAUAUGCUAAUUUGACCUAUCCACAUGACCAUGAUCUCGACCCCCCUUCACUCUUAAAAGAUACACAACCCCUCAGCCCUUCCGUAGAAUACAAAGCUUUAGGCAGUGGCCAGUCUUCAGGAGACUCGGGACCACACGACAGACCUCUGACAGAUGUUGCUUCCUCCGAGGCUAUAGCUCAGAAAGAAAGUUAUGUGGAACCGGUGAUGACCAGUGGUUCAUCCACCUCAGAAGAAUUAAGCAUGGUUACUCUGGUUAAGGAACGAAUAUCAGAAAGAGAAAAAAAUAUAUUUGAAAAGAUCAUCAGUCCCGUUAUAGAUGUUCCUCCAUCACCUGCCCUAAAUACAGGUGCAAGAGUGGUGGUAUCUGCCAGGACCUAUGCAGACUUUACCCCUCAGGCCACCUUUGAUAUUAAGAAAUGUGACUUACACAAGCUGGAUGAAGGCCCACCACUGCAGGCCGUGCUUUCAAGAGAGGAGGGGCUUCAGUACUACCGCACAAUGCAGACCAUGAGACGCAUGGAGCUCAAAGCCGAUCAACUCUACAAGCAGAAGAUCAUCAGGGGCUUCUGUCACCUUUAUGAUGGACAGGAAGCAUGUGCGGUCGGUAUUGAGGCAGGUAUUAAUCUAUCAGAUCAUCUUAUCACAGCGUAUCGUGCCCACGGGUACACUCUCACUAGAGGGGGCACUGUUCGUGAGAUCAUGGCAGAGCUCACAGGCCGUAGAGGAGGUAUUGCUAAAGGAAAGGGAGGGUCUAUGCAUAUGUACACUAAACAUUUUUAUGGAGGAAAUGGAAUUGUGGGAGCUCAGGUGCCUCUUGGGGCAGGUGUAGCGUUGGCCUGCAAAUACCUGGGCAAGAAUGAGCUGUGUGUCUGUCUCUAUGGUGAUGGUGCUGCAAAUCAGGGUCAGAUCUUUGAGACUUAUAAUAUGGCAUCUCUGUGGAAGCUGCCCUGCAUCUUCAUUUGCGAGAAUAACAAAUAUGGCAUGGGUACUUCUGUGGAGAGAGCAGCCGCUAGUACUGACUAUUACAAGAGAGGCGAUUUCAUCCCUGGAUUGAGGGUGGAUGGCAUGGAUGUUCUUUGUGUAAGGGAGGCCACCAAAUUGGCUGCUGAACACUGCAGAUCAGGAAAGGGUCCCAUUCUGAUGGAGCUGCAGACCUAUCGUUACCAUGGACACAGUAUGAGUGACCCAGGAGUCAGUUACCGCACACGUGAUGAGAUCCAGGAGGUGCGCAGCAAGAGUGACCCCAUCUCGAUGCUGAAGGAUCGCAUGCUGAGCAACAACAUGGCCAGCGUGGAGGAGCUUAAGGAGAUUGAUGUCGAGGUAAGGAAGGAGAUUGAAGAUGCCGCUCAGUUUGCCACCACAGACCCUGAGCCUCCACUGGAUGAUCUUUGCAACCACAUCUUCUACAAUGACCCUCCUAUGGAAGUGCGUGGCACUAACCCCUGGACCAAGCUCAAGUCUGUCAGCUAAAUCAUCCUAAGUCCCCGCCUCGUCCUACCAGUUGACCCUCUCCUGUUGAAGAUCACAGAAAAAUAUGAUCACCUCCGAUAUGGCUAUAGAUUUCAUAGACAGUUAUUGGGAAACUCAGCCAAAUCUCUCAGCCACAUUGUGAUAAGUUGCUUAAUUUCACAUUUUAUCAUUGGCUUGUUUUCUUGUUGUCUUUAUCAACUACAAUACUGACCCUGACUAUAAAUUUUAAAACUAGAUAUUUUUUCAUCUUAUAUUGGAAAUAUAUGUCAUAUAAAUAAAUAAUGUAAUGUGCGCACACACACACACACAUCAGUUUAUAUAUCAACGAGUAUGUUUUGACUGAGGUGUCUGUGAAAUGCAACCAUUUUGCAGUUCUAAUUUGACAAAAUAUUUAAAGGGAAAUGUUUAUUAACAUUUAUAAAUUGUAAAUCUGUGGCCAUAUUACAAAAAGUUUGUGUGAUAUUUAUGGGAUCUAAAAUAGAAUAUUUCAUUUCGGUUGUUUCUUAACACUCUGCCAACUCAAUCAAGUGUUUGAGUGUUUAAACAAAAAAUGCAAAUGAAAACUAAGAUGAGUAAGAUUUAAAUUAAACACAGCUUAAAAUGUUGCUUUAGAAUGGGAAAAGGUUAAUAGAUGCUUACCUUUUCACUCUCUUGAACUUUUAUUUAAAACUGGGUUUUUGUUGUCAUGUGUAUAUAUUAUGAAAAAUUGCUUUUGUUACAAACAAUGUUACUGGGGAUAUAAAUUCACAUUUGGCAAUUCCAGUGUAUUAAUAGUUGUUUUAAUAGAAUGUUUGU